UCACCGCACGUGCGCAACGGCGGCUUAUGGAUGGUACGCGGAUUCUGACGUCCCCUCUGAAGAUGCUGUGAAGAGGAUGAAGGUGUAUAUGUGCGCGUGAGAGAGUGAUUGAGAGAGUGAGUGUGUGAGUGUGUGCGCGAGUGUGUGUGUGAGUGAGUGAGUGAGUCUGUGUGUGAGCGCGCGUGGAUGGUGGUGGUGGUGGUGGCGUGUGAAAUUGGAUGGCCACUGGCUGGUGCGCGCACGUCGUGUCACGGCGCUCGAGCAGCCUCUCGUGCCUCUCCUCCUCGUCUUCCUCAUCCUCAUCCUCCUCAGCCUCGUCCCAGGCGCGCUCUCGGCCGGCUCGCGGGGGUCAUGCGCGCCGCACGCUCCGGCUGCUGGCGGCCAUGAAGCGGCAGAACGUGCGGACGCUGUCCCUGAUCGUCUGCACGUUCACCUACCUGCUGGUGGGCGCCGCCGUGUUCGACGCGCUCGAGAGCGACUUCGAGAUGCGCGAGAAGGAGCAGCUGGAGGCGGAGGAGAAGCGGCUGCAGGGGAAGUACAACAUCAGCGAGGACGACUACCGCAAGCUCGAGAGCAUCAUCGUGGAGGCAGAGCCGCACCGCGCGGGCGUGCAGUGGAAGUUCGCGGGCUCCUUCUACUUCGCCAUCACCGUCAUCACCACUAUAGGAUACGGCCACGCGGCUCCAGGCACCGACGCGGGGAAGGCCUUUUGCAUGUUCUACGCGGUGCUGGGCAUCCCCCUGACGCUGGUGAUGUUCCAGAGCCUGGGCGAGAGGAUGAACACCUUCGUGAAGUACCUGCUGAAGCGCAUCAAGAAGUGCUGCGGCAUGAGGAUCACGGAGGUGUCGAUGGAGAACAUGGUGACGGUGGGCUUCUUCUCGUGCAUGGGGACGCUGUGCAUCGGGGCGGCCGCCUUCUCGCACUACGAGGACUGGAGCUUCUUCCAGUCCUACUACUACUGCUUCAUCACGCUCACCACCAUCGGGUUCGGGGACUUCGUGGCGCUGCAGAAGAACCGGGCCCUGCAGCGGAAGCCCCUGUACGUGGCUUUCAGUUUCAUGUACAUCCUGGUUGGCUUGACAGUGAUCGGUGCCUUCCUGAACCUGGUGGUGCUGCGGUUCCUCACCAUGAACAGCGAGGACGAGCGGCGCGACGCCGAGGAACGGGCGUCCUUGGCGGGGAACCGGAGCAGCAUGGUCAUCCACAUUCAGGAGGAGUCCAUGAUCCAGAGGAGCCGGAGGAGACGGGAGCAGCAGCGGCAGCAGCAGAGGUUCAGGUCGGAGGUGACGGACCUCCAGUCCGUCUGCUCCUGCAUGCACUACCACGAGUUCGGCAGCUCGGCCACUCUGACGCCGGGUGGCGGGGCCGGAGGGAUGGGGAUGGGGGUGGGCGGGCGAGGCUAUUCCCACCAGAACUCCUUCAGCUGCCAGCUGAGCCCGCACCAGUACUUUCACUCGGCGGUGACGUACCGCAUCGAGGAGAUAUCGCCGGAAAUGCUGAAGAACAGCUUCCUGCCUUCCCCCAUCAGCUCCGUAUCCCCCGGCCUCCACAGCUUCACGGACAACUUACGCCUGAUGAGACGGCGCAAGUCCGUCUGAACCCCCCCGGCACCGGCAGCCGCCCGCACACGCUCCCCAGACAUGCCCGUUUUACAAUAACGAUAUGAGUAUUUAUUCAGUAAUACCUACACCACUGCUCACCGUCUCCCCACGACCUGCCCUCCCUGCUCAAUCAACCCACACCGCGGUGCACGGUGCGCAUGCGUGCACUACGUUACAUUACGUUACAGAGUGUAUUAAUAUAUAUUUAUUAUAUUUUACAGCACCGUCCAGCCUAUACAGCGCAUGUUAAAGCAUUCUGCAUUGAUAUAGCAACACAAUCCAUACAGCCAUACGUCCAAUCAGAUACAACAGACCUUAUCUAGAUUGGCUUAUCUGGAUUCAUGCAAAGGUAGUCUGGACAUCCAGAAACCACAUUUCUAAAUUUCUAAUCAACCAAAGGAAAUCAGAUUGUUUGCAUGUCUAGAUUUAUGCAUCCAAAGGAAUUUCUAAAAGUCUAGGCAGACAGAACCCUCAAUAAAUAUGAUUUUUAGCAUAUCUAGAUUGCACUGAGAUUGCUUUUUGUUAGUCUGGACAACCAGAAACCCUAUGAACCUAAAUGAAAUAAUGUUAGCAUAUCUAGAUUGUAUCCAGGAUGACAUAAAGCAGAUUUUUUUUCUUUUUUGGCAUAUCUAGGUUUUAGCCAAAUUUUCAUAUUUUCUGAACAGAAAAAACACAUAACAUCUGAUUUGUGGCAUAUCUAGAUUAUAUCUAGAUUCAUAUCUGCUAUUCUGGACUGCCAAAAGCAUAUCAAGAUUGAAUUUAGAUAGAUUUUGUGAUAGUCUGGAAACCCACAAACCAAUUAUUGGCAUAUCUAUAUUGAAUCCAAAUUUAUUUAUAAUAGCCAGUACAGAUUGUGGCAUAUCUAGACUUUUUGGACAGCCAGAAACCACAGGAAAUCCAUUUUAGUCAUAUCUGUAUUUUAUUCAGAAGGAUGUCUGCUACUCUGGACAGCUAAACACCACAGUAAAUCAGAUUUUUGGCAUAUCUAGAUUAUAUUCAGAUUCAUUUUCCAUAUUCUGUACAAUGAGAAACCAUGAUAAAUCCAAUUUGUUGCAUAUAUUUGAUAUAUCUAAAUUGCAUUCAGACUGAUUUUUAAUAGUCUGGAUACAUUAAAAACCACAGAAAAUCUGAUAAGUGGCAUAUCUAGACUGUAUCCAGUUUCUAAAUUUCUUUGUAUCCAAAGUUUCUAGAUUUCUGGACAGCCCAAAAUCACGAUAUCUAAUUUCCAUAUCUAGAUUAUAUCUAGAUUAAUAUCAGGUAGUGAGGACAUCCAGAAACCACAGAAAAUCCAGUUGUUGGCAUAUCUGUAUUGGAUACGGAUGGAAUUUUAAUAAACUGGACAGACAGAACAUCAGGAAAUCUGAUUUGUGGAGUAUCAAGACUGAAUCCAGAUUAAUUUCCAAUGGCCUGAACAGCCAGAAAUCACUGGUAAAAUUGGAUUUUAAAUUGUUUUUUUUUUUGAGCAAAUGCAAAAGUUUGAGACGAGUGCCAAAGCCUAACGUUACAUUUGUUUCAGACACAUUUGUGAUGUCCAGACAUGCAAAUCUAAUCCGAUCACUUGUAAAUAAGAGUCAUUUCUGAAGAUUUGACUUGAGAAGAGAAACUAAUCCGAUUUGGCCGCAGUCUGAACAUAGCCAAAUAAACCUUUGUAUUCUCCCAAAGCAUUUACAUCUUUACAUAUACAGUAUAUUUUGUGUAUUUUUUACUCUUUAAUUGAUUCCUGGCUUAGCAUGUUCUGCUGUUUGAGAUUAACGCAAUAUUUUAUGCUUAUAAAAACCUCACAGCUUUAAGGCUUACGGUAGCCCAAGUAUUUCGAAGUUUUAUAUUUUAUCACAACAUGAUUAUAUUGAAAUUCAUUAUAUUUACACAAUGUCAUGUUACACUAUUUUUAUACAUAUUCUAUUCUAUAUCUUAGGAGCUGUUUAAUUUUAAAAUGCCACCAUUAAAGCCACUAAAUGUAGCAAAUGGUAUACAGUAUAUUCACACAGUGUACGGAAAGGAAAAGUACAGAAUUGAUUGAUUUGUGUGGCUAUAACUAUACUUGAAUCAUCUAUUCUGUCCUUAUUAGGGGUGGGCAAUGUGGUACAGAAUUUAUGACUUAAUAUUUACACACAUUUUUUCGAUAUAUUACAUAUACAGCUCUGGAAAAAAUAAGAGACCACUUCAGUUUCUGAAUCAAUUUAUAGGUUUAUGUUUGAGUAAAAUAAACAUUUUUGUUUUAUUCUAUAAACUACAGACAACAUUUCUCCCAAAUUCCAAAUAAAUAUAUUCUUAUUUAGAGCAUUUAUUUGCAGAAAAUGAGAAAUGGCUGAAAUAUAUAUAAAAAAAGAUGCAGAGCUUUCAGACCUCAAAUAAUGCAAAGAAAACAAGUUCAUAUUCAUAAAGUUUUAUGAGUUCAGAAAUAAUCAAUAUUUGGUGGAAUA